CCCGGGAGCUAGAAAGCAUUCAGAACGAAUGCCGUUGGGCAGGAGUUCAGGAAAGACGCAAAAAGCAGGAGUCUUAGGUUGCAGGCUGAAGACACUCUAAAAUCAGGCCCAGAGAAAGAGAGAGAGAGAGAGAAAUCAUCUGAAUGUAUUUGAUUCAAUUUGGAUCUCUCCUGCUCCUGGAGUAAAAGAUGGACGCAAGAACACGGUGCUGUUUUGCUUUCUUACUUCUGCAUAUGUCCUGCAUUGCUGGUGAACGGGUUUUAAAGCAGUCGGUCAGCAGGAUCCCACCAGGACAGAAACCCCAGGGCCUUUCAGCCAAAGGCAGUCCAGACAGUAAGUCAUUUUCCAUUCUCGGUCCUGGAACAUGGACAUCUUGGUUCAACAUUGACCAUCCUGGAGGCAAUGGCGAUUAUGAGCGCAUGGAUGCCAUCCGCUUUUACUACCGGGAGAGGGUAUGUCCGCGGCCCAUCCAGAUUGAAGUGCGAACAACAGACUGGAUCCCUGCAGCCAACACGGGUCAAGUGGUCCAUGCCAAUCCCCAGGAAGGAUUCUGGUGUCUGAAUAAAGAGCAGCCUGCAGGACAGAUGUGUUUGAAUUAUGCCGUGCGUUUCCUGUGCCCAGCAGCCGCCUUGCCUCAAGAUGCCAAAAUGCUUUGGUCCUCGUGGUCAAGGUGGAGCGAAUGCUCUGCCAAAUGCGAUGAAACUGGUAUCCAGAUGCGGACCAGGACCUGCCUUGCGGAAAGUCGCUGGGACCCACGCUGUGAAGAAGUGAGCGAGGAAGGGAGGCGAUGCUCCGGACCUCCAUGCGCAGUUUGCAACAUGACUUGCUCCAUGGGCCGUGUGAACGCAGACUGCAACGCCUGCAUGUGUGAGGAACAUCUGCUUCGUGGCAAGGUCUCCCUUCAGGAUGGCGCCCCUGCAGCUGGUGCUGCUGUCUACCUACAAGCUCAGACAGCAAAGUUAUUGACAGUAGCAGAUGAUAAUGGGGCAUUUCAGGUUCCUGGCAUCUGUCCCAAUGGAAAAAACAUCCUGCUGAUCAAAAAGCCAAAAUAUGCCACUGCUUCGGUUACUGUGCCUGUGUCUUCCACAAACUCCUCCUCAGUCCAUGUUCGCCUAAGACAAUCAGGAAAACCAUACAUGGUGACACAUCCAGAGAACAAAGCAAGAAGAGAGGGGCAAAGUGUUUCUUUCUGUUGUCACGCGGAUGGAGAUCCAGCACCCAGUCAGUAUUAUUGGUUCCACAAUGAAACUUUACUGGACCCUAUGCUCUAUAAAUAUAAAAGCAACCUCGUGCUAAAGAACUUGAAAGUGGACCAUGCCGGACAGUAUGUCUGCAAGACCAGCAAUGAUGCCGGAUCGGUGAAGUCCCAAGCUGCCACGCUCUCUGUAACAGCAAAGAAUGAAGCGCCUUGUGUUCAAAAGCCUGAGAGCUACCUUACCCGACUGCCACACGACUGCUUUCAAAACUCAACCAGCUCCUUCCACUACGACGUCGGUAGGUGCCCCUCCACGCCGUGCUCCGGCAUGCAGGACAAAGGCCUCCGGUGCAAGGACCCUGUUGCUUACUGCUGUGGGGUCUCCAGAAUGGAAACGCGAGAAAUCCUGUGCGCUGGAUACACCCUUCCCAUCAAAGUGGCUGUGGAGUGUGGGUGUCAGAAAUGCACCAAAGCAAAGGUCGUGGUCCGAGGAAGAGCUGUGGCUUCUGAUACAGAGGAGCCCAUGAGGUUUGGCCAUAUAUAUCUGGGGAACAACCGAGUCAGCAUGACAGGUUAUAAGGGAACCUUCUCAGUUCAAGUGCCCCCAAACACAGAGAGGCUGGUCCUCACAUUUGUUGACCGCAUGAAUAAGUUUGUGAACACCACUAAAGUGCUGCCAUUCAACAGAAACGGUGGAGCUGUCUUCCAUGAGAUCAAGAUGUUAAGAAAGAAGCCGCCUAUCACCCUAGACUCAACUGAGACCAGCGAGAUCUCCUUGGGGGAUCUGGAGGGGGGUGAUCCGAUAGCCAUACUGGAAAUUCCUCCCAAUACAUUUUACAGGCAGAACGGGCAACCUUAUGUGGGAAAAGUAAAAGCCAGUGUGACCUUCCUAGACCCAAGGAACCUCUCCAGCGCACCCAUAGCACAAAGUGACCUGAAUUUUGUGGAUGACCAAGGUGACAUGCUCCCACUGAGGACCUAUGGCAUGUUUUCUAUGGACUUCACUGACGAAACGGCCACAGAGUCCCUCAAUGCAGGAAAAGUGAAAGUCCACCUGGACUCUUCUCAGGUCAAGAUGCCAGAACAUCUGACGGGAAUGAAGCUUUGGUCCUUAAACCCACAGACCGGUUUAUGGGAGGAAGAAGGAGACUUCCAUCUUGACAGCAGCAGACGGAGCAAGCGAGAAGAGAGAACAUUUCUGGUAGGUAAUAUGGAGAUAAGAGAAAGGCGGCUUUUCAACCUGGAUGUACCAGAGAGCAGGCGCUGCUACAUUAAGGUGCGCACUUACAGAAGCGAGAGAUACCUGCCCAGUGAGCAAGUUUCAGGCGUGGUGGUUUCCGUUAUCAAUUUGGAACCCACUCCGGGAUAUUCUUCUAAUCCGAGAGCUUGGGGACGCUUUGACAGUGCGGUUACUGGCUCCGGUGGGGCUUGUGUGCCAGCCUUCUGUGACGACCAAAACCCAGAUGCCUAUAGUGCUUACAUCAUGGCAAGUCUUGCGGGAGAAGAACUAGAAGCCGUUCCCUCCUCUCCAAGGCUUAACCCUGCUGCCAUUGGAGUCCCCCAGCCCUAUCUCAACAAACUGAAGUACAGGCGGACGGAUCACACAGAUCGUCAAGUCAAGAAAACUGCUUUCAGAAUCAGUGUGGCCAAACCCACUCCGAACGCUGCCGAGGAGAGCAAUGGCCCCAUUUACCCUUACGAAAAGCUCCAGGAAUGUGAAGCUGCUCCAUAUACGGCUGCUCACUUCAGGUUUUACAGGGUAGAGGGAGACAGGUAUGAUUAUAACACUGUUCCUUUUAAUGAGGAUGACCCUGUGAACUGGACAGAAGACUACUUGGCUUGGUGGCCUAGGCCAACAGAAUUUAGGGCAUGUUAUAUUAAAGUGAAAAUCAAUGGGCCUCUUGAGGUCAAUGUGAGAUCUCGCAAUGCAGGAGGCACCCAUCCACGGACCUCUGGCAAGCUGUAUGGCAUCAGAGAUGUUCGUAGCAUACGCGAUUUGGACCACCCCAACCUUUCAACAGCAUGUCUGGAAUUCAAAUGCAGCGGCAUGUUGUAUGACCAAGAACGCAUUGACCGAACAAUGGUACACAUCAUCCCACAGGGAAACUGCUACAGAGAGAGUGUCAACAGCAUGCUUCACGAAUAUCUCGUGAACCACCUUCCUGUUGUAAUGAAUAAUGAUUCCAGCCAGUAUACCAUGUUGGCGCCUCUUGAUCCACUUGGCCACAAUUAUGGGAUCUACACAGUGACAGACCAGGAUCCUAGGACAGCCAAGGAAAUUGCCUUGGGCAGAUGUUUUGAUGGAACAUCGGAUGGUUCCUCAAGGAUUAUGAAAAACAAUGUGGGCAUAGCGCUAACUUUUAACUGUCAAGAGAGAGAUGUACAACAGCAGAACCUAUUUGAGUCCCUGCGGAACGUUCCUGGAUGGUCUCCCGCUAGCUCACUCCGGGAAAGAAUAGGUGUACGGAGACCAAGCAGAGGACGUGGUGUUCUGAUCAGGGGACAAAGUAUUCCUUUUGUUCGAAUGCCACAAAAACGCCAAUAAGCUCUUAUGUCCUGCCCCCUCCCUCAACUGAGCAGUUAUGUGAGGAUAUUAAGGGUCCGCACCAAUUACACAUACCAGAGUACCGGAGAUGGUUCUCCAUUACAACACAGAGAAUCUUUCCCAAUGCUGAGGUUCAUGGAAAAGCCUUUUGCAGGCAUUCAGCUCUUAUUCUAGGAUUAUGAGAAAACACUCCGGAGUUGCUAAUAGUUCGUUAGGCUAAUGACCAGGCUUUCACAUCCUGGUGUCCUCUGAGUGUGUUGGAUGAUGACUCUCAACAGAACCUGGCUGAUACCUGGGUUGUUGAAGACUGAGUUUUGGGUAGGCUUAAGUGGUCACAUCUUUCAAUGAAGUGUUGCUACCUGAAAGGAAAAUACUGCACACAGGAGAGACAACUAGAAUGCACCUGUAAGACCCGCACCUCACUAGUGCUCAGGUUCCUACCUUUUCCACCUCCCUUCAGUCUAACUCUGUUGAGUUUUGUAUACAUUUCCAAAGUAGAAACAUGAAGUGAACACGUACCCGGAGAUAAAUUUAGUCCACCUGCUUCAGAACUAAAUUCAUACCAGACACCCUUCAGCCUUCCUAUUACUAUUAACACCAUACAUUUUUUAAAUGUCUUCAAAAAAUCUUGCAUUUGACAGAUUUUUUUAACCAAAUAGUUAAAGAGCAAAUAUCUAUCUACAUAGCUUGUAUUUCUGCAGCGUAUUAAGUACUGUAAACAAAUACGGUAUCAUUAGCAGAAAAAGGGAUAUCGGAUAUAGAGCACUAUAUAAAAACUCUUCCCCCCCCCCCGGUAAGAUAGACUUCAUCAGCCCGAACAUCAAAUGAAAAUGAAUAAAAAAGGAAACUAUUUGUUCAUACUGAAUUUCAUUGUAACAAUCUGUACCUGAAAAUGUGAACAGUGCUAUUUAUUUCCA